AACAUUGACGAUGUAGUCCCGUCUUUCUCCCAGCCUCUCUACAGAGGGAGUGUGGAGGAGAACUCUGCCCCAGUAGGCAGCAUUCUCCAUGUCCUGGCCUCCGAUCCUGACUUUGGAGACAGUUUUGUGUAUGCGAUUGAAUCGGGAAACGUUGAAAGGAGAUUCUCCAUCAAUUCAACCACUGGUGUGCUCAGUUCGACUGUUGAGCUGGACCGAGAAGAACAGGACACUUACACUCUCGUAAUUACAGCUGCUGAUCAAGGGGGUGUCCCACUUAGCGGCACAGGGACCUGUGUUAUUACAGUAACAGAUGUUGAUGAUAACCCCCCAGCAAAUGACAGCCAAUGGAACGUAGUUAUGCUUCUACUAGAUGGUUAUCUUCGAGACGAUCAGUCAAUUCAUUACUACUUCGACGAUCCUGAUGCAACAUCAACCUUCAGUGACUGUUCCACUGUCCAGAGCCAGAAUGUCGGUAGUUUCUUCAUUGUCGAUAUACCUGAAUGCCAGCUUCUCCUGAACAAAGGCAAUACCCCUGAGAAUGACUACAGCAUUAGAGUAAAAGAGACCAACCAGGGCAUCUUUUCAACUGUUGAAAUAGACGUUGAGCACAUUUCUGCCUCAGAUAUCCCGACUGAGUCUCUCAUUACAGUGUCUCUAGCAAUGAGCUCAGGUAGCUAUUUGACCACUGCCUACACCUCAUUCCCUGAUACUCUCUCGACCAUACUAAAGAUAGACAGACAAAUGCUGACUAUUCUCAGUGUCCAAGAUGGCUACCACGACUCUACUAACACUGUGGAUGUCUCGUUCUUGGCAAAGAAUGGUAGCAACUCAUAUUUCGACCCAGCGUUCGUCUUACAGACUCUGUACACAGAGAGAGAACGGUUUCAGUCAAUGCUUGGCUAUGAGUUGUCAGCUCUGCCCACUGACCCUUGCUCCAGUGAACCCUGUGCCAGUCAGGCUAGCUGUACACCCACAAAGACUGUCCUGGAGAGUUCAGUGACGGCUACUUCACCCUCGUUUGUCCUGGUAGCCCCUGUCAUUGAGUUGGGAUUUGAGUGUGAGUGUAUUCCCGGGACAUCAGGGGAGAAUUGCUCCAUCAAUUUCAAUGACUGCUACAGCAAUCCCUGCCACUUUGGUGCCAGAGUGUAUUGAUGAGGUAAAUGGCUACAGGUGUCAGUGUCCUCCAGGGACCAGUGGAGAGGACUGCAGUAGCUCCCCCAAUGGUUGCUCCAGCAAUACCUGUCAGAAUGGAGCUGAUUGCAGGGACAUCCCCGGCUCUCACUCCUGCCUCUGUCUGCCCGGCUACUAUGGCCCAGAGUGUCAGUACCACUACUUCAGAACUGCUCCCACAUGUGAUAAUAGCCCCUGUCAGAACGGAGGGACCUGCAGCCCUGGACGUGACUUAUUCACCUGCCUCUGCCCUGAAACCCACUCUGGCACUCUCUGUGAAACUGAGUCUGAACCGCAAGGCUGUGCUGGAAAUCCUUGCUACAAUGGGUCCGUGUGUACCGACUCAACCUCUGGGCCCGUUUGCUCUUGUAGUGUGGGGUUCACCGGCCCCUUGUGCCGCUGGCAGAUUGACAACUGUGAGCUAGAACCUUGUCUCAAUGGUGGGAUGUGUGCCCCUGGUCUGUAUGGUUCCUACCAGUGCUACUGCCUGCCACCUUACACUGGAGAGAACUGUGGGGAGUUUAUCAGUGGGUGUGACUCCAGCCCCUGUCUCAAUGGUGGUAGGUGCUCUGAUGUCAGUGACAGCAGUGACUACAAGUGUGAGUGUAGAAGAGGCUAUUCUGGAGACAGCUGUGAAUAUGAGGUCCAUCCUGUGAAUCUCUGCUCCGAGGACAACUAUCCAUGUUUCACUGGUAACUGCACAUAUGGUCUCCACUCCUACACUUGUUCGUGUCCAGCCAACUAUUCUGGAGACAACUGUGAGAUUGUGUCUCCUCUUGUGACACAGUGUGACUCUAACCCCUGCCUACACGGUGGGGAGUGCAGCCUGAUGAAUGACAACUACAUCUGCACCUGCUCACCAGGGUUCACUGGAACCAACUGCCAGAUCAAUAUCGACGACUGCUCCUCUAAUCCCUGCGUUAACGGUGUGUGUAGAGACGGAAUCAAUGGCUAUGAGUGUGAGUGUGAGUCCCAACAGGUGUCUGGGUACCAUUGUGAGGUGUGGUGCCCCACUGGACUCUCUGGAGACUUCUGUCAGACCCCAACCCCUCAGUGUGACCAGACUCUCUGUGAGAAUGGAGGAACAUGUGUGGAGGGGACAGGUGGGGGUGAUUACCACUGCAUUUGUCCACCAACCCACACUGGGACAGCCUGUGAGCUGGAGAACACGUGUAGCGACGUAGAAUGCUUCAACGGAGGUUCAUGCAUAGCUCUGGAAGGUGGAGGAUUUGGUUGCGUGUGUACCAGUGGUUUCGAUGGAGCAAACUGUCAACUCGUGACCGCCAGUUUCACAGCAUCGCCAUCAGGAGCUACCUACAGAGCGUACCCAUCCCUACACCUCAGUGCUAAAGGGAGGAUAGAGUUUGAGUUCAGUACUGUGUCCUCUGACGGUCUCCUACUGUACAACACCCAGCUGCAGUCUGGAGAGAGUCUGGAUUUCAUAUCGGUUGAGGUGGAGGGAGGACGACUGGCAGUGGGGUUGUCUCACGGAGAUGAUAGAGUACGCCUGGUGCCAGAUCUCUGGGUCAGUGAUGGACAGUGGCACCAAGUCACCAUCAAUAUCAUUGAGAAGAGAACAUCGGUGACACUUGACUGGUGUCAUGAUCUGGACGAGGUGAUAGGAACAACUGCUGGCUGUCAUCUCAGUGCAGACACUCUCGGAGACUCCAGUUUCCUAGACCUUGGUCUUCCCCUGUGGCUGGGAGGAGCUCCCUCCCCUUCUCCCUCUCAUGUCUCCAGUACCGCCAUCACUGCCUGCGUGAGACAGGUUCUGGUGAAUGGACGUCUGCUGGACCUAAACUCCCACUUUGACCAGAGCAACUCCCAGUCCGGAUGUCCCCAGCUGGAAGAGGGGUGCUCUGGGGGAGAGUGUGGAGGAGGAGAGUGUGUUCCCACUUGGACCAGGGCCCUCUGUGACUGCCCUCCGCUCCUCUCUGGGGACCUCUGUGAUACUGGAGCUCCCAGUCUGUCGUUCUUUGGCAGUGGGUAUGCCCGCUAUGCCCUGACAGAGGAGGGAUUGAGACUGAGAAGACAGACUGGAGGCCAGCUGAGGUCCAGCUACGAGGACACAGUCUCUCUCUCGCUACGUACCACCCUCCCCUAUGGCUUCCUCUUUGGGAUGUACAGCGAGGAUGGAGCAGAGUAUCUCUACAUAGUGCUGGAAUCAGGUCAGGUGGUUGUCCACCUCAGUCUUAGUGAAGAAACAGUGGAGACGAAGCUAACACUGCCCACUCCCCUGCUGAGUGACUCUGAGAGCCACAGUCUGGUGUUCCACCGCAGAGGAGGACACCUGGACCUCUCUGUGGACUCCAACACCACCUCCCUCUCCCUCCCUCCAGGAACACCUCUCACUCUAGAGACACUCUCCUCUGAGAUCUACACAGGGGGCAGCCCCUUCGUUCCGGCCUCGUCCUGGUUCACAGGCUGUCUCCAAGACGUCCGAAUCAACCGAGUCACUCUACCGACUUCCAGUGCUGGUAAUGAGUUUGCCAGUGUCCUCUAUGAAGGGUCAGGAGAAGGUGGCCAUGGAGUGACAGAGGGUUGCAGUCUCAGUCCUUGCUACCUGGAUCCCUGUGGGGGUGGAGGGGUGUGCAAGGAGACGAGCAAUGGCAGCUACCAGUGCCUCUGCUCUGGCAGGGAGACAGUGUCCGGCCGCCCCUGUCCUCACGAACAGGAGAUGGUCCAGUUCUUACCCUAUGUCAUUGCCGGUGGAAGCGUUUUUGUGAUAGUGGUUGUGGCAACUGUAGGCCUUUGUGCUGGUGUGUGCAUGUGGAGAAGACGGAAGAAGCAGAGGACAUACCUGGUCAGAGACGACAAGGAGAAAAUGGGCAGCCACAGCCAGGAACUAACAGAGUUCCUUGUACCGAGCCAGGCCUUCAUUAUCAGUAACGAACAGGGGGGAGGGGAGGUGGAUGCAAACGAGAUAGACUGGGUACCGAUGGUCGUCAAGUGUGAGUCUGAGAAACCCUCGCCACAGCCUUCAAAAUCAGCCAGCUCUAAAGACAGCCCAGUCAGCAAGACAAGCCACGUGAGCAAGACCAGCCAGACGAGCAGUAGAGGCAGGGGCGAUGAGGUGAAGAAAACGGCAGAGAAGUACAGAUUCAAACUCCCUGCACCACAAGAGAGAGAUGAAGUCGAUGGAGAGGAAGAGGAUGAGGACCUUCGACCAAACAGUCCUGCCAUUAGAGCCUUCCUGGAGGAGAGAGUAGAUGCUGCCAACGACGAACUCCUCAGCGUGGACUCUCCGCGAAAGUUUGAAGAGGAGGGCUCGGAGGACUCUGAGGUGGACAGCCUCAGCUCCGCCUACCACAGUAACGAGGACGAGGAUGAUGAGGAGGGGUAUACUCUCGAGAGACUCCAGGCAGCCGGCUCUCCCCUCAGCUCCCUGGCCCCCCUCCUCCGACACGUCUUGCACAGCACAGCAGAGAUCAGCACCAGAGUCAGCCCUUCCUCCACAGUCGAUACACUGCCCACUCCGUACACACCAAGUAUGAUGCACGCACUCGAAUACAGAUUGGCGUCUCCUGUGCUACGAGCCCCACCCACUUUCUUUCUGCAGGGCCUAGGGUCAGGAGAGCCGGAGGAGGAUGCCGAAGACGAGGAAAACGGGGUGGACAUUCCCUGGUUUGCCUGGCUGGCGAUAGUGGUUGUGGCAGUAAUUCUUAUUCUUCUCAUCUGCUGCACCAUCAAUUUCACAGUCUACAAUGUCAGAUCAGUUUUCUGCAGGGUUCCAUCUCCCUCCACAAAACCACUACUCCCAGAAGUUGAACCGAGCGUGGAACUACAGGAACCUGAUCAAGGGAAAGAAACUGAGAGGGUACCAUCCCCCUCCCCAAAACCACUACUCCAUCAAGUGGAAACAAAUGUGGAGCUGCAGGAACUUGAUAAAGAUACACUUCCCCACAUCCUCAACAUGGACUGGGAGGUGGACAGGAGAGAUAUCACUCUGAGAGGGCAGCUGGGGGUUGGUGAGUUUGGCCCCAAUCUAUGAUGCCGAGGUCCAACUGGGACUCAACAUGACCUCCAGGGCUAUCGUCAAGGCGUUCCAAAGAGGCACAACACAGGAUCUGGUGCGCUUUAGAGAAGAAGUGGAUGAAAUCAAACACCUGGAGCAUCCAAAUGUGGGUAGAGUCCUGGGAAUGGUGACUGGCCACGCCCCCUACUACCAGGUCCUGGAGCUGACAAUCAACGGAGACCUCAAGACCUUCCUCCUGGCCGCCUCCCGUGCUGCUGCUCCUCACCCCGGGCUCUCCCAUGGUCAGCUAGUGGCUCUGGCGACUGAUGUAGCGGCAGGUCUCGCCUACAUGGAGUCCAUGGACUAUGUCCACAGGGAUGUUGCUGCUAGGAACUGCAUUGUGACACAGAAUCUCUCUGCCAAGAUUACUGAUUUCAAGCUCGGCAGGUACCUCCACCGCAGUGAGUAUGCAGUUGAGAACAGUGGAUCAUUGAUGCCUCUCAGAUGGAUGGCCCCAGAGUCUAUUGCACGGCACAAGUAUACAUCCAAGAGCACAGUGUGGUCGUUUGGUGUCCUGUUGUGGGAGGUGAUGGGGAGAGGGGGAUUUCCCUACCAGGAGCUUGGAGAUGGGGAGGUGGUGAUUGCAGUGUGCUACACCAGACUACCCCUGCCUCAACCCCUCCACUGCCCCAACAACCUAUAUAGGGAGAUGCUGCAGUGCUGGAACUCCAGAGCCAGUAAGAGGCCCCUCAUGGAGGACCUUCACCAGAGGCUCAAGUCCAGCAUACUCACUAACACUUACCCACAAUGACUAUACUGUCACUUGUAUAUAUACACCCACCACUUCUUUAGCAUGUAAAAAAAACUAGCCUCGUUCCCAGUCCGUUUUU